UAGCCCAAUUGGAAACCAUGUGGGGCGGGACUAGUAUGUGUGCCUCUUCCGAGUUCCCUAAACUGAAAAAUUAACCAUGAAUAUCUCUCAACUAAAACCAUAAAGCAAUUUAAACAGCCAAUUUAAUCAAACGAAAGUCUCCAGGACAGCGUUGCGAUGGGUUUGCUGACGAUUUUGAAGAAGAUGAAGCAGAAGGAGAGGGAAAUGCGACUGCUGAUGUUGUAUCCUGACUGUGACAAUGUAUUGAGUAGCGGACUAGCCUAGCUGGGAAUAAGUAGCAUGAACCAACCUUUACUGUAUCUGUGUCACUAAAACAAGAGUAUUGAAUGAUCCAUGAGGAGAUGAUUCCAGGAUGCUUAUUUUUAUCCUCCUCUCAUUGUGUUUGUCAAAUGCUAACGCUACAGUGUAAGCUGUCUGUACUGGUUUGACUGUCUUGAUUCAGUUAUAACGCACAUUGAAGUUGACUAUUAUUACUGUACUUCCUUAACUCGGGUCUUUUUAGAGGUCUAGACAACGCAGGGAAGACGACCAUCCUGAAGAAGUUCAAUGGAGAGGACGUUAGCACCAUCUCACCGACACUGGGGUUCAACAUUAAAACAUUGGAGCACAGAGGGUAACGCGCACGCGCUACUUGCAUUCACACAGUAUGUCUCACCUGUGACCAAGAGUAAAGUUUGGUAUACAGGUGUAUCUAAACAUUAUAGAAUAUACGGAAAUAUCUUUUUUCACAAUUUGAGGAAAACUUCAAACUAUUCUAUAGGGGAGAGUGGGGUAAGUUGAGCCACCCCCUGUUGCUUGGAAAUGGUAAGAGAAAUUGAUCAUGUGACCAAAUAUUUAGGAUAUGGGCAUCAAUUCAUGGAGUCUGUGAAGGUUAGAAGCACAUGGGUGAAGGGGUUAGACAUUUAUUUCCAAAAAAAAAAAAAACAUUUUUCACUUUUGAAAGUAAAUUUAGUCUGUCAUAAGUUUUAUUAGAAUUGUGUUCAGACCAAAAAAAGAUCUUUUUAAAUUUGUUUUAUACAUCAAUUGUGGUAUCUAUGAGCUACAACAUGAGGUCAAAAACCUAGCAUAAAAGUCCACCAUUUUAGCUCAGUGGUUCUCAACUGGUGGGUCCUGACCCAAAACUGGGUCAUUGACACGUUCUGGAUGGGUCACGAACAGCUGGUCAAAAAGGUAAAUAUUAAAUGCGAAAUUUAUUAGAUAUUCAAUAUUUUCUGUGAGAGCAACUUCAGUAGUUGUUGGCCUCAUGUUGUCCCCUUCAUGUGCUCUGAAAUGCACUUUACUCAAUUUUCUAAAAAAUACAUUUGCUUGGUCUGAAUUUUAUAAAAGUGGGUCGCGACUUUAAGACCCAGAGUGAGACUAGUUAAAAAUCACUGGCUUAGAAGACUAAUAAAGUCAUGAUAGUAGGGAUACAGCUCAACUUACCCCACUCCUAUGGUCAACUUACCCCAUACACGGGGUAAGUUGACCAUAGGAGACCACUUUUUUUGGCAUGCUAUAUUAUCAAGACAUGACAAGUUAUGUUUACACAUAUGCAGAUACACUAGUUAGAGACAAAACUAUGAUUGACUUGACCAACUCUAGCAUGGUACCAUCACAGACUGUACAAAUGUACAAAUAACAUUAGGACUUUUUUUUAGUCCCAGGGUAUUUGUGAUUUUUAUCCUAACUCUGCAAAGAUUUACUGGGACACGGAUCAACAAGAGUCAUGAUAUAGGUUAUAGUUGGUUGUCUUUUAAAAAUCAAGAUGCCUGCUGUGAAAAGAGGCUUUACCUUCAGAGUGUUAUCACAGAUAUUGUUCCAAUUCUUCGAUCAUUAAGAGCAACUAUUAAGAUUAUAUAAGAUUCUUGCUGCUGACCUCUUGGCCAGGCAAAAGAUGAAAUAGAAAAAAAACAACUAAUGUUUUGUCGGUUGUAAAAAAGCACUAAUUGAAAACAAGCAUGACACAAAACGAAUCACUCAAACCUCUGGCAUAACCACACACCACCUCUACUGUAAAAUCCUCAUGGGCAGCCUUUGAGUCUCCUCCUUUUGUUUGUUCCUGGGUUAAACUUUCUCAUCCUUCCACUUCUAUUUUAUUUGCAUUCUCCUCUUAUGUAAAAUUACUAAAUUGAUUAUUAAAUGUUUUCACAGACACUAAUUCUCUCAUAUUCAAGCUAUAUAUUCCUCAUCUACAUCAAAUAAUAAGCUGUUUCCCUCUAAAUUCUUUGUGUAAUUCCCCUUUUUGCACACCGUUUUCUAGGUUUAAACUGAAUAUUUGGGAUGUAGGUGGUCAGAAGUCACUGCGCUCUUACUGGAGGAACUACUUUGAGAGCACAGACGGACUGGUGUGGGUGGUGGACAGUGCAGACAGACUGAGACUUGAGGACUGCAGGCAGGAGCUCAGUUCACUGCUGCAGGAGGAGGUAAACACACACUCACACACAGAAAUAACUGGGAAGCACAUUUUAGGGUUUGUUGUUUACCUGAUAUUACCACGUUCCAUAAUCCUUCAUUUCUAAGUAAGAAGCAAUAGACUGAUGAGUGUAAACUAAAGGAGUCUCCUCUCUUUAUAUUGCCGUCAUUAUUAUUCAUAAUAUGAUUUGUCUUUACCCAGAUGUUAGCUGGUGCAACACUUCUGGUGUUUGCCAACAAACAGGAUUUACCAGGAGCUCUGUCAAAAGAGGCAAUAAAAGAGGUGAGAUCUGAACUUUCUUUACAGUUAUCAGUAAUGCUGGUGGGAGUCUUUAAAUCAGUUAAAUAUUUCUAAAUUGUGGGAUAAGUCGAAAUGAUCUUGGAAUCACAAUUUGUCUUCUUCCUGUUUGUAACCCGCAGGCGCUGGCUCUGGAUCAGAUCAAAAGUCAUCACUGGUGUAUCAUUGGUUGCAGUGCAGUAACGGGAGAGAACCUGUUAGCUGGAGUGGACUGGCUACUAGAGGAUAUUGCUGCAAGGAUUUUCACCACUGACUGAGUUUGUGUGUGACCAUGUUUUUCUUUUUUUUGUUUUGUUUUUAUUUAAUAAACAGCAACCAAGUUGGGGAACUCUGACUUGUUUCAGCAUCAUUAUUGGAUUCUGAUGAUAAAAAGAGUCAAAAUGCAGCUUAACAAGUUUUAUGUUUGGUGACUGUGGAGUGCAGCUGUCAUCAGCAGCAUCUAUAAAUCCAAUCUGGAUUUCUAUACUUUGACACAUUCCCUUUAUUUAACAUCAAAAUGCCUUACUUGAGGAAUCAAAGUUUGAGAUUACAUGUAUUUGGUUUGAGGGAAUCAAGUGAAUUUACACAAACCACAGUGGGGUGAUUAAAAAUUUCACAUCUUGAUUUCACAUUUAAGAUUGAAAAGUACCACAGUUAAGGAAAUCAUAUAUUAUCUUCUAAAUGCAGCUUUGCUCUAUUCUCAUCUGUCUCCAAUCUGCUCAAUUACACCAGCCAUGACACACCAUGGGCUCUUAUUCAGAUGUACUCCUACUUUACCAAAUCCUUUAGUUACCUCGCAAAGAGGCACAAGUUAUAUUUGGAUCCUUACAUUUGACUGUUCUGAUCUACAGCAUGUUGGUUACAACCUUUACACCUCUGCACUGACAAUAUUUUAACUGAGUAUCCCUAACACUGCAACAUAAUGGAAAACCGCAUGUCUGCAGAUAGAUAGGCCACACACUAAAAGCAGUAUGAUUACUUGUGGAGAUGUUAAACCCCAUCGUUUCAUCCCUCAUUACUGUGAAGAGUACAUCACAUGUUAUGUCUGAUUUCUGUAAGUGUACAGUCAGUGAAAAUUAAAAGCAAGAAAUCACUUGACUUUCA